CAAUAUUUGGUCAUUAAUUCAAAAUUGUAGAAUCAUUUCGCAUCGAUAAACAUGCAUACAUUUGCGUGCAGUCAAGCUGUUUGCUGUGUGCGCACAGUGUUGUGUUGAGUGUCGCCCGGAAGACAGCGUUUAUAACGGGAGUGAAUUGAAGAGAGGAACUGGGCAAUGCACCAGUCGUUGACAUAAUGAAUACAGAAAAAGAUGAUGUUUUACAGGAGAUGGUACCAAUAAUGAAGAAUGACUUCUUUCUUCUCCACAUACCAUCGAAAUCUAGCAAGGUCCUCUCUUCGCUAAAUGAAAUGAGAUCGUCGGCUGAAUGCAUUGACCUAGUCAUCCGAGUCGACGCAGAACAAAUCCCGUGCCACAGAGCCAUUCUUGCAGCAAGCAGCCACUAUUUUAAGUCAAUGUUCACAAAUAACUUAAUAGAGAGCGAACAGAACACCAUCACCUUGCUUGACAUAUCGCCUGACUCCGUGAAAGCUCUCGUCGAGUUCUCCUACACUUCAAAGAUAUACAUCCACAAAGACACAGUCGAGGACCUGUUUGAGACGGCUAUGUAUCUGCAGUACGAGACAGUCAGCAGCGCAUGUGUUGAGUUCAUGAUCGGUCGUCUGCAGACGUCCAACUGCAUUCAUUACUACAAAUUUGCCCAGACAUUCAAUUGCAUCGAACUUCUUGAGGCAGCAAAAACAUUUAUUUUGACUAAUUUUAGUUACGUAUCAACUACGUCGGAAUUCUUUGACAUGUCUUGCAUAGAACUGGUUGAUAUUCUGUCGAACGAUCGGUUAAAAGUCGACAGCGAGUCUGAUCUUGUGGAUGCUAUCUUACGAUGGAUUGAAUUUGAUAAUCUAUCAAGAAAUCGCUAUUUGACGAAACUGCUGGACGAGGUUCGCCUGGCGCUUUUGGAUGACUCGUAUCUUAGAAUACUCGAAAAAUGGUCCGAAGACAGUGCAAGUUGUUUAAGUGUGUCUAGUUUGAUAGACGAGGCAAUGUGCUGCAAAACACUGAUCCAUAAAGGUUACAGAGUCAUGGGAAGGCACACGACGCCAAGAUCGCAUUACACACGUAAAGAUUUCUUGGUCUUGGUCGGAGGGCAUAGGAACGAAUUUGAUGAUGGAUAUACGUACAGUGAAAGCGUCCUAUACACCGAAAUUGACAACGGAAAACUGGGAUCAUGGAAGUCAUUGAAUAACCUGCCAGAUCACGAGAAACGGAAAUACAGCGUAACUGCUAAAGGUUGGAGCAUCAUUGUUACCGGUGGUUACGAUGCCGGCAUUGACCAAUCAAUAGCAGACACGUGGCAGUUUAACUUUCCAACCAAUGAAUGGAACAGACUAGCAGACAUGAAUGUUGCACGUCACUCACAUGGUUCUACAACUCUUAACGACAGCAUAUACGUUGUUGGAGGUAAAAGUACUAACCAGGAGAACAGGCUGAAUGACGUUGAAGUCUUCAAGCCGUUUCAAAGUGAAUGGCAUACCUGCCCAGCUCUACCAACCGCCGUCAGUGUUGCAGCUGUUGUGAGCUGUCAGCAGAAAAUCUACGUUGUCGGUGGUGCCAACGAUUAUGAUAGCCCUGCUAGUCUAAUCCAAUGUCUAGACCCUGAGACGAACACAUGGACGGUAUUAAAUGAUUUCUUAGUGUGUCGCAAAAUUCCACAAGCCUUGACCUUAAGGAAUGAAAUCAUUGUCGUCGGGGCAAGGAAACCGAGGGAAGUUAUUUCAUACAACCCAGAGACAAAGGAAUGUAGAAAACUAGCGAAUUGUAACCAGCAGAGGACAUUCAGUGCUGCCGUGUCGUCCAAGGGAAAAAUGUGGCUGCUUGGCGGGAAGCUGAGCGGUGAAGCCCACAGCAGUAUUGACUGUUAUGACGAAAGGACUAAUAGUUGGUCGACGCUAAGGCAAAAUCUUCCAAAUGCGUUGUACAUGAUAGGGGGCGUGGUGUUACCUGCAGACUCAUAAUCUUUCAAGACAGAAUUCUGAACGAUACACCGUAGUGUAUUAAAAUGUGAUGCAAAUAGGAAAAGACGAGGUAAUUCUUAGAGUGAUGGGAUGUAUUUCUUUGUUUAAAUUACAUGAACUAGCAGCUUUAGGGGACUGGGUAAUUUAUGGUUCUAUAAUUUUAUUCCUUGGGAAGGUUUCUGUUAAUACAAUAUUGGGUUAAGUUGUUGGUAUAUAGUGCAAUUAAAUG